AUGGUAUGUGACGGCCAGUUUGAAUCUUGCAUGGAAGAGAUUACCGACGUCGGUGGUUUUCGAGCUGCAGCCCGACACGUGUACAACAGACAGGGAUUACGCGGAUUUUGGCGUGGUAACGGGUUGAGCGUGCUAAAGUCAUCACCCGAGUUCGCCAUCAAGUUUAGCGUAUACGACUACACAAAACGUCAGCUGAAAGCAUCCCGGAACGAUGGCCACUUGGAUGCCCGUGACAGGUUCGUGGCCGGGGCGGUGGCCGGUGUGUUUGGCCAGACAUUCCUGUACCCGCUCGAUACUGUAAAAACACGUCUGAUCGUGGGCAAAUACACGAAUACCAUGGACGUGGUGGUCAAGACUUACAAAAACGGAGGCGCGUCUGCAUUUUUUAAAGGUUUCUGGCCUAGUACAUUAAGUAUUUUCUUGUUUACUGGCAUUGAGCUUAUGACUUACGAACAUAUCAAGGAAAAUUAUUCCCAUUACUGUGAAAAAGACGACUGCCUGAGGUUGAUUGUUAACUUUUACUCGGCAUUUAUCUCCAGCACUGUGGGUGUCGUGAUAUGUUAUCCAAUAUCUACUGUUAUCACUAGACUUCAAAUUGAUGACGGACGCUCGAGCGGAACGAUGAAAAAGGUGUCGGAAAAAUGUGGCCAGCGGCGGCCUUUUUCGGCCAACUUCCUAUGCAACGGUCUACUGCUUUACAGAGGCAUCGGCGGCAGUAUCGUGAAAAUGUUACCCACCACUUCCAUUGGCUACGUGAUCUACGAAGAGUUGUGCAAGUCGUUCGGCGUACGGAUGUCGUGAAACAUAUUACAUUUCCACACGGGAUAGAAGCGGUGAUACCACACCAACCGCACGCACUUUCACGCUUCUGCGAACAUUAUUACACGUUUGUCAUUAUUUCGAAUCGAUACAUUGUUUUUUCGCAUCGG